AUGGAGAAUGAAACUUUCAAUGCAGACAUUAUAUUCAUCGAGGGGUUAAAAGUUAGCCCCCAGUCCUCCAGUCUGGCCUUUAUCCUCCUCCUCCUCAUCUACAUCUUGAUCGUGGUGUCUAACAUCGGCCUGGUAGUCCUGAUCACCAUGGAGAGGAGCCUGCAUGAGCCCAUGUAUCUGCUCUUCUGCAACAUGAGUAUUAAUGAUGUUUUUGGGGCCACAGCCAUCAUCCCUCGCCUGCUCAGCGAUGUUUUCACUCCAAUCAUAGAGCGGCACAUUCAUUACAUAGACUGCGUUGUCCAGGCCUUUGCUUCUCAUUUUCAUGCAGGCACAUCUCAUGCAGUGCUCAUGAUCAUGGCUUUUGAUCGCUAUGUGGCCAUCUGCAACCCUCUGCGAUAUGCCACCAUAAUGACCCACCGCAUGGUGGUGCAGCUCUCGGUCGGGGCCUGGAUGGUGGCCUUCAUCCUUGUCGCUGUCCUCCUGGGUCUCACCAUCCGCCUGACACGCUGCAGGAGGGCUAUAAUCAACCCAUUCUGCGACAACGCCUCCUUGUUCAAGCUCUCCUGCCAGAAUCUUCUCAUAAACCACAUCUAUGGCCUCGGCAGCGCCGUGGUCAUCCUGGGCUCCUCUCUCGGCAGCAUCACGCUCACUUACCUGAGGGUCGCCAUCGUGUGUCUGAGCAGUAAAAACAAGGUACUGAACAGUCGGGCACUGCAGACCUGCGCCACCCACCUGGCUGUGUACCUGAUCAUGUUGGUUGCGUCCUUCACUCCCAUGAUCAUGCACCGACGCCCUGAGUGGGCAAACAGUGGGAAAGUGGCGUCCGUCCUGUUCCAUGUCAUCCCUCCAGCUCUGAACCCCAUCAUCUACGGACUGCAGUGUAAAGAGCUCAGACAGAAGGUUGUCAGUGUGUUUCUCAAGAAUAAAGUCAUGGAUGUGAAAAGUCCAUGA